AAAAGAACGAUUAAAUCAAUUACAACUUGAGCAAUAUGAAUACUAUACUAAUUUGAUUAAUGAAACUGAGAAUAUUCCAACUUUAAACAAAUUAUCUGAAACGAUUUAUACUGUUGAUAAAGUUUUAACCUCUAUACAAGUUUCAAAUUUGUUGAGAAUUAUAGUUGAUAAAAUUUUUAGAAUCAACCAAAAACAAGAAUAUGAUUCAAUAAAAGAAGGAAUAAUCAAUGAAAAAGAUUCGACAAAAUUAGAAGUUGAUUGGAGAGAUGUGGUUGAUAAUGCUAAAUAUCUUAACAAUGAACAGAAAAAUAAAUUGCAAAAUUUGGUAACCAACCAAAAAUGGGAAAUUCGCGGAUUAAAGAAAUUUGAACAAUAUAAAACAGAUAUUCAAAAUGAACCAUUUUUUUCAAAUUUAUUAGAUGGAAAAUUAUUUGAUACAUUGAUAAAAAAUGAUGGGUUAUUAACAGAUCGACAAAAAAAUGAACUUAAUGAAUUAAGAAGACCAGCGAUUCAAAAAUUAAUGAUUAAAAUUUUUGAUGAACUUAAAGAUAAUAUAAAAAAUGAACGAGUUAUUAGUAAAUUAAACGAUAAAGGUUAUUAUGAUGAAAGAAUUGGUGAAAUUCGAGAAGAAUUUUUAACAAACAGAAAAAAAGAUGAUUUACAUAUUUUAAGAAGAUGGAAAUUAGACGUAAUUCAAAGUGAAACUGAGGAUGAAUUAUUUGAUAUCAAUUUAGAAUUAAUUGAAAAUAUUCAAGAUUUAAAAGAAUUAGAUGAUAAUUCUGAUAUUGCUCAAGAUAUUAAAAAUUUUAAUCAAACAUUGUUAACUGGUAAUAGGAAUAUUCAAGAUUUAAUCGAAAAAAGAAAACAAUAUUAUAAUAAUGGUGUAUAUGAUAAUUUUAUUGCAUCAAUUAAUAUUGAAACAAAUGUUGAAGAAUUACAAAAUAAUUGGAAAACAAAAAUAGAAACUGAAAUUGACAAGAAAUACCUUUCCCAACCCAAAUCAAUUGAAUUUUUGAAUAGUUUACGGGAACAACGAAUUGAAGAAUUAAGAAGACCAUCUGCAAAAAGACCUUUUGAAGAAGAUUUAUCACCUACUAGAUUGCUCGAUAAUGUAAAACCUAAAAGAAGUAUGGGAGGAAAUAUAAAUACACAAGUUUCGUGGAUUGUUGAAGAAUAUAGAAAAACUUUAAAUAAAGAUGACAGAAAAAAACUCGUGCCAAAAAGUACAAUAGAACAUAUUAAAGAUUUGAUAAAAGAAUCUAGUUCAAAAAGUAAAGAUAGUAAAACUUUAUUAGAUGUUUUCUAUUAUAUUUGGGUUUUAGGAAAAGAUGAAAAAUAUUUAUUGGAUCAAAAAUAUACUUCAAAAAAAAUCGAAGAAGCAAAAACAAUAUCAACAGAUAUUAAUAAUUAUCUUUGGAGGAUAGUAAAAAAAAAAAUCAAAACAGAACGAAAUAGAUUGGAGAAGGAUCCAAACUACAGAAAUCUAACAAAAUAUCCAUUUCUUGUAAUGCCAGGAAAAUUUUCACUCUCUAAUCCUUUAGGAUUUCCAGAAGAAAAAAUUGAUAAUGUUAUAAAUAUAAAUCAAAUAAUGAUUCAAUAUAAAGAAUCGUUGCUUGAUAAAUUUUCAAUAACUCCUGAAAAUUUAGAUAUAAUUCAUAAAACUUUACUCGAAAAAAUGAACAAAUUAAGUGAUGAUAAAGUUAAAAAAGAAUAUUUAAGUAAAGUUUUUAAAAUGUUAGUAACAAGAGAAUUAAAUA